AUGCCGAGCUUACAGCUCCACCAGGCCUUCAAGUUCAACAGCUUGACCAUGGAGCCACCUAGCUCAGUCAGAGCGGGGACUACGGGAUCUGUCAUCAGGGUUCUUGAAGUUGAGGGCUCGGAGACUUCAAGCGUUUUGGGGCCUUCUUCGUCGGCCUCAUUGUCUUUUCAGCGUCGCAUCAUAGUCUCACAGAGACUUGACGGUGUGUCGAGCAGAGACGGCAAGACCUCGUCGACACCGCCAGCAGGGCAGUCGGACAAGUACAUUAGCAUCAAGGACACCGCUGCGGACGGCGCGGCCCAGGUGGUCGUCGUGGACAUGCACAACAACAAUGCCGUCAGCAAGCGUCCCAUGAAGGCUGAGGCCACGCUGAUGAACCCUGCUGACAACAUUAUCGCCUUGAAGGCUGCAACGGAAGGCCAGGCAGGACAUUUUGUGCAGAUCUUCAACCUCGACUCCAAGGAGAAGCUCGGAGUCUACCAGUGCCCCGAGCAGAUUGUGUUUUGGCGUUGGCUGGCACCCAGGCUCCUGGCCCUCAUCUGCGCCCAGGACGUCUAUCACUGGAACCUCUCCGUGGCAAACAGCCAGCCGGAGAAGAUCUUCCAGCGGGCUGGGAAGCUGGCUGAAGCAGGAACGCAGAUCAUCAACUAUUCUGCGAACAGCCAGGUGUCGUGGUGCUUGCUGACAGGCAUCUCCUCGCAGGAUUCUGGGAGGACGAUCGACGGCAACAUGCAGCUGUACAGUGUGGAAAGGAAGCAGCAGCAGUUGCUGGAGGGCCAUGCAGGCUGCUUCGGCAACGUCUACGUGGACGACGGCGGUGUGCGCUGCGGAGUCUUCGCCUUCCAGGAGCGGAAGGCCGGUACUCCACAGACGAAGCUGCACAUCAUGGACAUCCUGAAGAACCGAGGCGAGAGCGCCCCCCCGUUCAAGGUGCAGAUGGAGAUUGCCAUGCCGCCAGAGGCGCCGACAGACUUCGCGGUGGGACUUCACCUCAGUGAGAAGCACGGGGUGGUCUUCAUGAUCACCAAGGCCGGCUUCCUCUUCAUGUUUGACAUCGGCACAGGAACCAUGCUGGUGCGAUCGAGGGUGUCACAGGAGACCGUCUUCAUCACUGUUGGCUCUGCCCUCUCCGGUGGCAUCAUCUUCGUGAACAAGCGGGGAGCUGUAAUGUCCGCCAAGGCCGAUACCUUCAGAGCCGGGGUUGUGCUGGCCUCUAAACCGGCAUCAGCAUGA